AUGGACAACAACAUGGAAAUCGAUACCGCGCGGUCGCCCGAACCACACCACCUGUCCCCAACAAGCGACCCCGGAUCCAUACCGACUCUGGAUGGGUGGAUUGAAAGUUUGAUGACGUGCAAGCAAUUAGCAGAGGACGAUGUGCGGCGACUGUGCGAUCGGGCACGAGAGGUAUUGCAGGAUGAAUCGAACGUCCAGCCAGUGAAAUGCCCGGUGACGGUGUGCGGUGACAUACACGGCCAGUUCCACGACCUAAUGGAGCUCUUUCGCAUUGGCGGCCCGAAUCCAGACACAAACUACCUUUUCAUGGGCGACUACGUCGAUCGUGGCUACUAUUCCGUCGAGACAGUGACCCUGCUGGUGUGCCUGAAGAUCCGUUACCCGCAGCGUAUCACCAUCCUCCGUGGGAACCACGAGUCCCGCCAGAUCACCCAGGUGUACGGGUUCUAUGACGAGUGCUUGCGCAAAUACGGCAAUGCCAACGUGUGGAAAUACUUCACCGACCUCUUCGACUACCUCCCCCUCACUGCUCUCAUCGAAAACCAGAUUUUCUGUCUGCAUGGUGGGCUGAGCCCGUCCAUCGACACUCUCGACAACAUCCGGUCCCUCGACCGCAUCCAAGAAGUGCCUCACGAGGGCCCCAUGUGUGACUUGUUGUGGAGUGAUCCGGAUGAUCGAUGUGGAUGGGGUAUCUCGCCCCGAGGUGCUGGGUACACCUUUGGGCAGGACAUUUCGGAGGCGUUCAACCACAACAACGGCUUGACUCUGGUGGCACGGGCGCAUCAGCUGGUGAUGGAGGGAUAUAACUGGUCGCAGGAUCGGAACGUGGUGACCAUUUUCUCGGCGCCGAACUACUGUUACCGCUGCGGUAACCAAGCUGCGAUUAUGGAAAUUGACGAGCAUUUGAAAUACACAUUCCUACAAUUCGACCCUUGUCCCCGGGCGGGAGAACCGAUGGUCUCGAGACGCACGCCGGAUUACUUCCUGUGA